UCAUACAAAAAGCGGCCGGAAAUUCAAAUAUGAAGCGGAUUUCACUCGAAACGGGCGGUAAAUCACCGCUUAUUAUCUUUGAUGACGCGGACAUCGAUGCGGCCAUCGCUACGGCUCAUCAAUGUGUGUUUGCAAACAGCGGACAAAUAUGUGUGUCUCCGACCCGUCUCUUCGUUCAGGAGGGGAUUUAUGAUAAGUUUGUGGAGAAAUCGGUAGAAAUGGCCAAAAAUAGAGUACAAUUAUUGGGCGAUCCGUUCGCAGAGAAGACACAACAGGGACCGCAAAUAGAUGACAACCAAAUGCAACGAAUUCUCAAAUAUAUAGAUAUCGGUCGUAAGGAAGGGGCAAAACUAUUGGCCGGCGGACACCGAUGGGGAACUGAGGGCGCAUUUGUUGAGCCCACCGUUUUUGCAGACGUGACGGACGACAUGACGAUCGCGAAGGAGGAGAUCUUCGGUCCCGUCCAGUCUAUCCUCAAGUUUAAGACUUUGGAUGAAGUGAUAGAAAGGGCUAACAAUACGACCUAUGGUUUAGCCGCCGGUGCCUUCACUAAGGAUGUAAACCGAGCCCUCAAACUGACCAAAGACUUAGAGGCGGGCAAUGUUUGGAUCAAUACGUACUUUGCAUUCAAACUUCAGGCGCCUUUCGGUGGUUACAAACAGUCAGGCAUUGGCCGCGAGUGCGGCGAGGAAUCACUUCAUGAAUACUUAGAAGUGAAAUCGGUCACGCCUUAUGUCUAUGUAAUGAAUAAUGAAUUUUACGGCUAUUGUGUGGAUGUUAUGAAUGCAAUCGCAGAGAUAUCGGGCUUUAACUAUAGCUUAUAUAAAGCUCCCGAUGGAAAACACGGUGAAGUGUCGCCCACCGGUGCUAUCAAUGGCAUCAUGUCUGAGGUUUACUAUGGAGCGGCCGACUUUGGUUUGGCUUCGUUGACGGCAUCGGAGACGCGGAAACGAUACGUGGAUUUCAGUAAACCUAUUAUGAACUUAAGUGUGUCGGCACUGAUCCACACGACAAACGCCGAGUACAUCGAGACGUUCCGCGAUCUUCCCCGACAGACACGCAUCACAUACGGCACGACCGGUCGGAGCCGAAUGCAGGACCGCUUCUACAACCGGCGCAAUGACGGCUCCAAAGACUACAUCCAAACGAUGUGCGACGCCAUGCGUUUGGGCAACACUUUUGUGGCCAACACUACGGAAGGCAUACGUCGGGCAAAAGUGACUAAAUUUGCGUUCAUUCAGGAAUCGGUGGCCAAUGAGUUCAUUGCGGCCAAUGAUUGCGAUUUGGUCUCCAUUAGGGAUUAUAACGACUACUUUAACUCGCAGUACGCCAUAGCGGUGCCCAAAGGGUCGCCGUAUUUGGCCAAGAUCAAUUAUGCCAUCUCACAACUCGAGGCUAAGGUACUGAAAACUAUCAAUUGUGUGCCUAAUAAUGGCAUAAAGAGAUUCAGUCGUAACUAA